CCUACCUAACAUGGUGCUGCGGGUAUCUAGGUAGGUAACAAUCCGACUGCAGCACUGGUCGCGAACAAGUAACUCUACACUGCCCGUGCUUACAACCAAGGUCCAGCUGCUUUUGGGAAGUUCACUUGUCCCAGCCAACUCAAUUGCUAGGAGUCUGAGAUAAUUAGUGUUCUUAGAUGGCUUCUAAAAGCUCUUCGAGGGGAACCGCUCGGGGUGCGCGGGGCGGUACAGCACCAAAGAAAGCGUCAUCACGCUCCCAAAACACCAAUAACCCGCAACGUCGACAAACAGAUGAUUCAGAUCACAGUGGCACUGACCCGUUUGCUGACGACGAAAUACCACAGCGGCGGAGCAGAAACAACAAUAUCGAGAAUGAGGGACACGGGUCAGAGACGAUCGAAGUUGAUGACGAAGACGCGGAAACAAAAAAGACUAUUCCGCCCGAGCUUCUGACUCGAAUUCUCCACGAGUUUUUUGAGAAGGAUGGCACGCGAAUCUCGAGAGAUGCGAACAAGGCGAUAGCCAAGUAUAUGGAUAUUUUUGUGCGCGAAGCGAUAGCUAGGACUGCUGUGGAGAAAGGCAGCGGAUUUUUGGAAGUAAGCGAUUUGGAUACGCUGAGAUCCGUGUCUCUCGUGUUGUCCCACCUUCUGUAGAUGCUGACUUGUUAUAUUAAUAUAGGUUGAAGACCUGGAGAAGGUUGCCCCUCAACUACUAAUGGAUCUGUGAAACUGAGACGACUAUUGAUCGACGAGACUUCCAUUACAACACCAGCUUAUCAAAAUCGUGAGGUAAACGUUACAACGCUACACGCUUUCUAGAGACCGCGUUACACGGAGACUCGCGCAGCACUCCGUAUUCUGCCUAUUCUAUCAAUAUGAUUACCAAUAGGCUUUUUUU